UGUAAAAAAAAUGAUUUCAUCAGCUCGCAGUUCAGCUGCAGUUGAAGAUAAAAUGGCUUUUUAUGACUCCUGGGCUGAAAACUAUGAUCAGGAUGUGGCUGCUCUGGACUACCAUGCCGCAACUGUUGCAGCAAAGACGGUUUCCUGCCAUUACAGCGGUGAGCGUGGAGCAGCUGCUGUGCUGGAUGUAGCCUGUGGCACUGGAUUGCUGGCCAAGCAGAUGAAACAGUUUGGCUUCAGGAAUUUUGUGGGCAUUGAUGGAAGCAAGGUCAUGUUGGAACAGGCCCAAAAGAAGGAAUUGUAUCGAGACCUCAAGCUUUGCUUUUUGGGAGAGCAGCGGCUUCCUGCAGAAACAGACUCAUUUGACGUGGUGGUCAUCUGUGGAUCUUUAAGCGUGGAUCACGUUCCAGUACGAGUGGUUAAAGAGCUGUGGAGCGUCUGCAAACCAGGUGGCUACGUGUGCAUGACGUGCAGACACGGUGAAGACAACCUGGGCUACGUGGCUGCUCUGGAGCGUGAACUGAUGCAGAUGGAAGAGGACGGGCUGUGGGGCUGCGAGAACGUCUCCGUGGUGGACCAGUGGUCCAAAGCAGUGACGGGAUCUGAGGACGGCUACAUUUCUGGUUCAGUGUACCUCUACAGAAAAAGGCAGUAA